AAUGUGUCACCUGACAUGAUGAAGCUCAUCAUUGAGUUUGCCUACACUGGCUCUGUUCCUGUGACACAAGAGAAUGUAAAGGAGCUGUUCAAAGCUGCGGAUCAGUUCAUUGUCGAGGGCAUUAUACAGGCCUGCUGUGACCUCCUGGAGAAGCAGCUGACCCCACAGAACUGCAUCGGCAUGUGGUGGUUCACAGACUUUUAUUACACCCCUGAAAUGAAACACAAGGUGUUCCUCUUCCUCCUGAAUCGCUUUGAGGAGGUUGCUGCCACCUCAGAAGAGUUCCUGCAGCUCUCUGCGCAGGAACUUGUCAAAAUCAUUGAGGAUGACCGACUCAAUGUGAAGCAGGAGAAGACGGUGCUCUCAGCCAUCCUUCGCUGGAUCACCUACGCAACUGAGGAACGCAAAGAAUACAUCCCCCUGCUUUUAUCCAAAGUCAGGCUGGCUUUAAUGAGUCCAGAAUACAUCACAGACAGCGUGAGCAACAACGAACUGGUGAAAGCAAGUGAAGACUGUCAACCAAUUCUCCUCAUGACCCUGGAGACCAUGCUUCACCUCCGAACAAAUAGAGUCUGUGACUCCAUUACCUGUAACCCUUUGGCCCGCCCACGACUGCCCCCUGCCAUCCUGUUGGCUUUUGGGGGAUGGAGCAACGGCGGCCCAACCAAUUGCAUUGAGGCGUACGAUGUCCGUGCUGACUGCUGGGUCAAUGUAACAGACAAUGAGGAGGAUCCCAGGACCUACCAUGGCACAGUUUUCCUAGAUGGAUCGGUUUACGCUAUUGGUGGCUUUGACAAUGUUGAGCGUCUCAGCUCUGUGCACAGGUUUGACCUGGGCACACAGACCUGGCAGAAGGUGUCACCAAUGCAUUCAAGACGCUGCUUUGUAAGCGUAACUGUGAUGGACGGGUCCAUAUACGCCAUUGGAGGUUAUGAUGGACAUGAACGACUCCAAACUGCUGAGUGCUAUCAGCCCAAAUCCAACCAGUGGACUUUCAUUGCACCCAUGCACGAGCAGAGGAGUGACGCCAAAUGUACAGCUCUCCGUGGCAGGGUGUACAUUUGCGGUGGUUUCAAUGGGAAUGAGUGCCUGUCAACAGCUGAAUGUUACAACCCAGAGACCAACCAGUGGACACUGAUCGCUAACAUGGGUGAAAGGCGCAGUGGAGCUGGGGUCAUCGCCUAUGCAGACCGUGUCUAUGUGGUUGGCGGUUUCAGUGGAAACACUCGUCUGCGCACUGCCGAGGCCUACAACGCCAACACUGACACCUGGCACACUGUGCCCUCCAUGAUGAGCAGCACCCGCACUAACUUUGGCAUCGAAGUGAUCGAUGACAGUCUCUUUGUGGUCGGGGGCUACAACGGCCUCACCACCAUCCCUUACGCUGAGCGCUAUGAUGUCAACACCGGUGAGUGGUCUGAUGUCUGUGACAUGGGGAUCUCCCGCAGCGGCCUGGGCUGCUGCGUGGUGUAUGGUAUCCCCAACCUGGCCGAGUACGCUGCCCCUCAUCACAACUUGCAAUUCUCUGUGGAGGAUGAUGAAGUGGAGUAA